CCAGUUGGUGAGUUUUAGCGGCGUUACUGUGGUUUACUGAAUAUUCCGACGGUCCGUGAAGGCACCGCGCGGUGAAGUUUUUAGUGCGGCAGGUUCGAGUCUUCCGCUGCGGCUGCGUCACGUUUCCAGACUGAUGAGAGUCAGUUCAGCUCUCUGGAAAAGUUCUGGUUCUGCUUUUAUUUCAGUCAGAGACCGGACCGGACCGGUUGGACUGGACCGUGAGGUCGGUGUGAGCGCAGCUUUGGGUCGCAGCGUUUCGGACUGAGCAGAACUUCGCUGCGGUUCGGAAACACAGGAAGGAGCGACUGAAAGAACGGAUGUGUGACAAUGAGCCGAGCCGCCGCGAUUCGUCUCUUCGGUUCCUCUGACUUGACAUUUUAGAGACACAUGAGAGGCUCCAGCUGCUCUGGCCGACCCGGUUCGGAUUAGUAGCGACCCGAAUCGAACCGAGCUGCAGAAGACAAACACCGAGACGGAGACAUGGGGACCCAGGGGACGGGACGAAAGCGAUCUACCAACAAGGAGAGGUCCACCGCGGAGGACGAUGCCCUCAACCUGAUCGCCAGAGAGGCAGAGGCCAGGCUGGCGGCAAAGCGAGCGGCCCGGGCCGAAGCACGGGAGAUCCGGAUGAAGGAGCUGGAGCGGCAGCAGAAAGAGAUCUUCCAGGUGCAGAAGAAGUAUUACGGUCUGAAUCCCCGAGAGGAGCGGGCCGACAGUAAAUGGGGAGACAUUGAGCAGUGGAUGGAGGACAGUGAGAGGUUUUCUCGUUCUUCACGGCUCCACACGCUGUCUGAUGAUGAUGAGCGGAUGUCGGUGGGAAGCCGCGGCAGCGUCCGGUCGGAUCUGGACUCUGUGGGGGCGUAUGGUGGAGGGGGUUCCUCUUUGCACAGGAAGUCAAAGAAAAAGAAGAAGCAUAAGCACAGAGACAGAAACGGUUGCCAUGACGAUUACAGCGCGCUGUCCAGCAGGAGCUCCAGGCUGAGCGAUGACAACAGGAUGUUCCAAUCGUCCAGACUGGACCUGCAGCCGUCUUCCUUCACUUCCUCCGACCUGUUUGAUCUCAGCGGUCCGUCCAGAAACCCCGGCUUGUCUUUCAAUGGCUACCAGAGCUCUCUGUAUGACGACGGUCUGAGUCUGUGCAGCGGCUCCCGCAGAGUCUCCACCUCUCACCCUGUGGAGUACAGUAGCUACCGCAGCUCCAGAGCCUCCAGCAGGGCCAGUUCGGCCCGGACCAGCCCAGUGGAGAACUGCGGCUCUGUCGCCAGUUUUGUGAGGAGUGGGGUGAGCGGCAGCGCCCUCUCCAGGCACCUGGAUGACAUCACUAUCCCUGACUUCCCUGAAGCGGAAGACAGAGACUUUGACAAGGGACCUCGAGCCGCUUCAGCGCUCACGGCGGCGACCCUCACCUCGGUGGGCGGGACUUCCUCCCGGCGAGGCAGCGGGGAGACGGCGCUGACGGUGGAUGCCGAUGGCUCCAUCCGGGAAAUCAAGGAGAUCCAUGAACUGAAAGAUCAGAUUCAGGAUGUGGAAACAAAGUACCAGCAGAACCUGAAGGAAGCGAAGGAGGCGCUGGCGGAGGUGGAGGAGAAGUACCGUAAGGCCAUGGUGUCCAACGCCCAGCUGGACAACGAGAAGAACAACCUGAUGUACCAGGUGGACACGCUCAAAGACUCGCUGAUGGAGCUGGAGGAGCUGCUGUCUGAGUCGCGCCGGCAAUACGACGACAAGCUCAAGGUGAACGAAGCCAGAAAUCAGGACGGGUUUUUAUCCUCACCGUGAAUCUGAAGCCAGGAA